AUGAUGGUUAUGUCCGAGAGAUGGCAAGAUCUCAGAGCGAUGCAGACAGCGGCAUCCAGCAGGCGACAGUCCUUGGUGCAGAAGCUGCAGCUGAGUCGCAGCGUAGAGCAGAGGCGAGAGGCCGAAGAACUAGUGGCAAUGAACAGAUGCGAUUCGAAGGAAUUGCUCCACCGAGGAUUCCACUCCCUAACUUCUCCGGCCUUGCCUUCUGGAGAACCUCCCGCUCCCACUCAGGAGGGCAACGAGGCCGACGAUUGGGGGAAAUGGAAGGCGGUGCCAGGCCCUCCUGCGAGCCCGCCUCCACCGGGGACGCCUGUGGUGCCGCCUGGACCCCCGGAGACGCCGCCCGAGACACCACCGGAGACUCCUCGGGAGAAGAAGAAGAAGGACAAGAAGAAGGAGAAGAAGAAAGGCUCCAAGGAGCGCCGUGCACGAGAAAAGGACCAGGUCGCCGAGGACAAGAAGGACCACAACGAGGGCGAGAGAGACAAGGCCGCCGAAGGAGUGGCUUUGCUGAGGGAGCAAGAGCUCAAGAUGGUUGCCGCCAGCAAGAACUUGGCGGAGAAGGAGCGAGCGUCGGCAGCGGCGAAGGCAGCCGCCAAUGUGGCUGUCGAGAAGUGGACGCCCCAACAGAGGGCACGCAAGGAGGCAGAGCUCCAAGCAGCCCUGCUUGCUCAGGAGCAAGCCGCUGCUACAGUUCGUUUGCUUACUUUGGAGUUACAACUUGGGGAUGCCCUUGGUGCCCCCGAGAGUUCAGCGGCCCCCGAGGGAGCCGUAGAGUCUGGGACUCCUCCGGAGUUACCAGCCAGCAGGCGGAUCAGCCUGUCGUCUUCGAGUGUGGAAGCUAUCACUCCUCCAGGAACGCCUCCGACAACGCCGGUGUCGCCCGGAUCUGCGGUUCCAAAGACACCCCAACGAUCACCUUUGGUGAAAGCGAUGCCCAAGGUUCCGGAGAGCCCUGCUUCUCAAGCUGCUGUGAGCCUUGUUGCUCCAGCUGCUGCGGGGCCUGUUGCUCAAGCUGCUGCGAGGCCUGCGGUUCGAGUUGCUUUGAGGCCGGCGGUCCGAGCUGUUCAAGUGAAGGCGAUGCCCAAGGUGGGGCAGGUGCCGGAUGUUGGGCACAUGGGACCUCCAGCGCCGCCGAUGGUUGGGCCAAUGGGCCCUGUACCACAAGCACCGCAGGUUGUUGGGAAGAUGCACAUGUUCCCACCGGCGCCGCCCUUCUUGGGGUACAUGGGACCAGUGCCUCCAGCACCACCGCCAGGAUACCGAGGUAUUAAUCCGUGGUCCACCGGGCCGUUGCGCCAGGUGUUUGGAGCUGUGGGCCAGCAUGUGACGCCCAUCACUCCGAGUGCCGUCAAAAGCACCACGGCCAACAGCAAGGGCAACUCUAGCCCCUACGCCAAAGAAGAGAGAUCGAUCACCUUCGAUCUGAGGCGGUGCAAGAGUGCGGUGCCAAAGUGGUAG